AUGGGAGAUCCUAGCUCAACGGGCAGCCACGGCGCGUCGACGUCGAGCUACCGAGGCGUUCGCAAGAGGAAAUGGGGCAAAUGGGUGUCGGAGAUUCGCGAGCCAGGAAAGAAGACGAGAAUUUGGUUAGGGAGUUUCGAGACACCGGAGAUGGCAGCGGCGGCUUACGAUGCCGCCGCCUAUCACUUCCGCGGUCACGAUGCUCGCCUCAACUUCCCACAUCUUGCCAACUCUCUCCCCUUCCCUAAUGGCUCAACUCCUGAUGAUAUCCGUUUUGCUGCUCAUAGGGCAGCAUUGCGAGUACGAACAACACCAGGUGUUGGGGUCGAGGGUGAUCGGGGUUCCACGUCGAGUGUUGCACCGGUCACUGUUCGGCUUUCGCCGAGCCAAAUUCAGGCGAUUAACGAGUCGCCGUUGGACUCGCCGAAGAUGUGGAUGGAAAUGUCGUCGGAGUUUUCGAAUGGGACUGUGUUUGUUGAUGAGAUGGAGGAUGAGAUGUGGGAGAAUAUGCAUAAUGAUUCAUUGUGGGAUCCUUAG